UGCUUUGAUCCUCGAGCGAGAAGUCCUGUUUGCACCCGGCUCGAGGACCGCCCUUGUCGGGUGCCCUUGCAGCGAUGGGCCUUGGCUUUUUGCUUUCAGAUUUGGGGAGACUGCUGUUUCAUGACCAGGUCUACGUCAUUGUCCAGGCCGUAUUUUUCCUGCCCAUCUCCAUCGUGAUAUUCUUCGUGGAGUGGACGCGCGGCACACGGCGCUCUCCAGACCUGAAACUCGCCAGCGAUGCAAAGGAAGCCCACUCGCAGCGAGUGGAGAAGGUGGCCGCAGACGUGAGGCGGCAAAGCAACGACGGCCUGCUGUUCACUUCACGGCCAGACCGGGAACGGAUCAGCUCGCGGAUCGUUGCUCCGCGGAAGCAGAAGAUCGACACUGGCUCGCUCAAGCACAUCGUUGAGGUGGAUGUGGAGAAGGGCCUGGUAGUGGUGGAGCCCCGCCUGCGCAUGGUGGAGUUGUCGCAUUUUCUGCUGAGGCGUGGCUACACCGUGGCGUGUGUGCCUGAGCUGGACGACCUCACAGUUGGAGGGCUCCUGAUGGGCUGCGGUAUUGAGUCCACCUCCUGGAAGUAUGGCAUGUUCAAUGAGAUAUGCCAUGCGUAUGAGAUGGUGACCUGCACCGGAGAGGUGCAGAAGAUCACCGAGGCGAGUGACAAGGAGCUCUUUCACACCCUGCCGUGGAGUCACGGCACCCACGGCAUCCUGGUGGCUGCCACCCUUCGCAUCAUCCCAGCGAAGCCGUUCGUGCGGCUGCACUUGACGCACUGCACCGAUAGAACUACCCUGUGCGAGUCGCUGCAGAGCGCAGUGAAGGGCGACCACAUGUUUGUGGAGGGCUUGGCCUUCAACCCCACCUUCGCGGUGGUCAUGAAGGGCCAGUUUGUUGAUGCACCUGAGCCGACGGAGCAGAUUUUGUCCUUGGGGAAGUGGCACGACCCCUGGUUCUUCAAGCAGGUCCAGGACAUCAAGCAAGGUUCGGUCUGCAUGCGAACCACCGAAUAUUUGCACCGGCAUUCCAAGAGUAUCUUCUGGGAGCUGUCCUACCUUCAGCCCUGGGGCAACACAAUGCUCUUUCGAUACCUGCUGGGCUGGAUCAACCCCCUGAACAUCGCCCUCAUCAAGUCCUAUCAGCCGGAGUGGACCAUGAGGUACUACUGCAAUGUGAAUGUGAUCCAGGACUACUUGAUCCCGAUCACCGAGCUGAAGCCGAUGCUGGACUUGGGCGAUGAAGCGCUAGGCGUGUACCCGAUCUGGCUGUGCCCAUACCUCAACAAGCAUCAUGACGUGGUCGGCAUCCAUCAUCCUCACUCGAAUGAGGAUGUGAUGUACAUUGAUGUUGGCUACUACGGUCUCCCCUCGGUGCCCAGCUUCGACAUGCGGGCGGCCUUGCGCCGCAUUGAGGAGUGGCUUGUCCCUCGCAAGGGUUUUGUGAUGCUCUAUGCCUUGCAUACGCUGACGGAGAAGGAGCUGCGGCGAAUGUUCCACCUUGAGGCUUAUGAUCGAGUGCGUUCUCGCAUGGGCUCCGGGUCCAUUUUUCCGACCAUCGACGAGAAGGUGAAGGUCGGAUGAGGCCUCGUUUGUCCAGAAGGCAGCUGGCUUUCCACCAGCGACACCAGGGACCGGUAGGUUUAGGAAAUCCUUGAAUUAAGUCAGCGCGCUGCACUUCGAAUC